CGGCUUUCACCGCUUGUCCAGCACAAGGAUAAGAAACUUGUAGUGGCCCCAUCGCUUCUACUCCUUUGAUGCUUUUCCACGGCUCUACGAUUCUUAUCAAUCUGGUGGCCUAAAACAACAUUGGGCAUCGGAGUUUGUAUUAUCAUGAUGUCUAUCGAAGUCCAGGCUCUCCAGCAAAUCGAAGCGAGGCUGCCUCGCUUGGGAGCUCCAAAAUGGAAGGAUCCAGAGCGGCGUCAGUCAAUCAAGGACAACAGUCGAGUGAAAAUGGAGUGGCAACUCAGUUCCUCUCUCUGGACGAUGACCUGCUGGGUUGCGCUGGCUCCUGCAAGACCUUGUCUAAUCAACGCAAUGGGACAGAUCGAGGCUCUGGUUUUGAAGCGCCAGUGCGAUAUCUGGGACGGUGAGCGCACCUCGCCUGGAUGCGUUUGGGACCGCUCAAUGUAUGGACGAUCCAUCCAAGAUGCUCAGCCUACGAUAAUUUUCAGUUCUUCAAGCAAAAUAUGUCGGCGGAAUGCGAAGAGAAUCAUCCAAGAAGAAGACAUUCAAGUCGAUCCCCGAGGAAUAGGUAUCGAGUACUACGAGAACGGGCCCGGAUUCUCUGCUGGAUAUUUCGAUUCUUUGGACCUUGAAACUGGGCGUCCUACUUCUUCUUCUAAGGCUGAAUUACCUCAAGAGAAAGCUGUUAGUUCUGCCGGGAAUUUGCCAGCUUACCCCAACAACCACCGCGAAAGUUCACCAACUCGUAAUGCUAAACCUGCAAUCAAUGCAGCCUUGGUCCAUGUUGGGGACGUAUCAUGCACCAUGGGAGGUGUUCUUAUGGUCGAUGGCGAAUUGCAUGUGUUGACAGUCGCCCACGCCUUUGAUUGUGAGAUCGAAACAAAUGCAGAAACUCAGGAGGCAAUCGAACCUUCUCCACCAGCAAUCCACUAUCGAAGAUCAGGUAUCAUUGGAACUCUGCACGGCAAAAGAGAUUCACGAGAGCGCUCUGAAAGCUCUUGGGGUUUGGACUGGGCAUUAUACACCAUUGACCGAAAUAAAAUGCAUUUGUCCAACAUGGUGUUCCUGCCAAAUGGAAACAUCCUAUUUCCAAGAAAUAUAGCACAAAAGGAUCCAUGUGAUAUGCCUGUGGUCAUCCAUACCGGCACAACAGGCAUCGUGAAUGGCAGUAUCAUUGGAGACUACUCCCUUGUUGCUCUUCCAGGGAGUAGAUCCUUCCAGAGAAUGUGGAUCGUUAUUCUGGACCGGCCUAUCCAAAUGGGUGAUAGUGGUUCCUGGGUGCUUGAUCCCGCUACUGGCGACUGGUUGGGCCAUAUCGUCGCAGGGAAACCAGGAACAAAUGUUGCCUACAUUGUCCUUGCCCGGGACAUUGUGAAUGACAUCGUAACUCAUUUCGGAGGCAAAACCGUCCGGAUGCCAAGUGAGGCUGAAUUGGAAGUCACGAAAGCAGUCGACGAAGUCAAGAGAGCUAUCCGGCUUCCUGAACCUCAGCAAGCCCCGACUACAAGUAAAAAGUGCCUCCACCCACGCCGGUGGGGCUAAUCUUUCUCGCACUAGACUUCGACGAGUGCUUCCUUCGACGUAUCAAAGUUCUACAAUAUCACCGCCGCUUGGGACUGAAGAAAUAAGCCAUCAAAAUAGACCUCUCAGCGGCUUGAAUAUUUUC